AUGGGGAAAAGGAAUGCAGCGGCCGCAAUCGUUGAAGCCGACCGGUUGCAGCAGUUCGAGACACCACCGAAGCGUAUGAAACAUGGCCCGGCAGCAGCAGCAACGUCGGUCACACCGACCACGGCAGCUUCACCACCAGCUGCUGCCGAACUGUCCUCGCCCAACAUCAGCGCGAGUGAGUUCACGCUCAGCAAGGAAUUUGUUGACGGUACGAUGCUGAUGGAUCUGACUUUGAAACAGUGGCGAAUCGGCAAACCGAUUGGCAAAGGAAGCUUUGGUGAAAUAUUUCUUGCAUCGGAUGAUAUCGACACGCCCGUCACGAGCGAGAAUGCAAAGUAUGUGGUCAAAAUUGAGCCACAUUCAAAUGGGCCACUGUUUGUAGAGAUACACUGUUUGCUCAACACCGCCAAACGGACAGAAACAUGCAUCAUCCCGCCGGGCAUGCCGGAGUACAUUGCAUCCGGAUCGCAUAUGUUCAAGAACGAACGGUAUCGCUUCCUUAUCCUCAAGCGUUACCAGCGUGAUCUGCACUCGCUGAUAAAGAAUAAGCGGGUCAAUCCGAAAAGCAUCCCUGUGAUCGCCUGCCAAAUACUGGACGUGCUGGAACACUUGCACGAUCAGGGCUAUGUGCAUUCGGACAUAAAGGCGGAAAAUUUAAUGAUCGGCACGGUGGACGGUGCGGCACAAAUUGGUGUGACGAACCGUUUGUCCAAUGGUCAUAACGGUACGGACGAUCAGCAUCAGCCACAGCGUUCCAAUGGAGUGACACUGCCAGAAGGGAAAGGAGCGAAACGUGGAACGAAGAGCUCCGCUGAACACCAUCACCAGUUCAACGGAAGUGGUGCAGCUGUGCAGGAAAACGGGCUGUACUUUCAUCAGGAGCAGGAAAUGUGUACACGUACACGCAAUCUGCGUCCCCUGAAAACGGUCACGUAUCGUGAUUUGAGCGAUGAAGAUGAGCGUGCGGCUAGUGCUGUCCGAUCGAGGGGUAAUUUUGCAAGAAGACGUGGCCGGCGGCGACAAAACGAUACGUCGUUUAGUUGUUCCAUUUCGCCGCGCCGCUCGGGAUACGAGGAACUGAGAGCUGCUACGGAGGAAGCGCAUUGGCAUGAACUGAAACGUGCAUCCCUACCGAAGACUACGGUGGAAGAGCAUGCACCCGCGGAAGAACGCAUACAUUUAAUCGAUUUUGGCCUGGCGUCGAAGUUUGUCGAUUCAAGCGGUCAGCAUAGACCGUUUUGCAUGGAUCAGCGCCGUGCACACGACGGUACGCUUGAGUUUACCUCGCGAGACGCACACAUGGGUGCACAUGCCCGUCGCAGCGAUCUGGAGUGUCUCGGCUAUAAUCUGGUGUACUGGAGCCGUGGAUUUCUGCCCUGGAAGGAUGAGAAGUUGCUGAACCAACCGGAACAGGUGCAUCGUAUGAAGGAGUACUUUAUGACCGACGUGCGUGAGAUGUUGCGUUUAAUCUAUGGCGAGGAUUGUCCGGGGUAUCUUGGCGAUUUCCUAGCGUACGUUGGCAACCUGACGUACGACGAGCGACCAGACUAUCAGUACUGCAAGUCACUGUUUUACAAAGAGUUGAAGCGAUUGGGCUGUCCCGUGAGUCGUACGCAAACGCUUCGGCUAGAUGUGAGCGCAAUCGUGCAGCUAAGCGUACCAUUGACGGCACAGGACGAAGCAGAGAUAACGAACAAAAUCAACCAUGUCAAGUCGCUCAUGAAGCUGGGCGCACUCAUACCGUACCGUGAGAGUACACUGCACAGCAAGGCGUCCUCGCCGAAGAAUCUUCGCUCGAAGCGAAGUGAUGCGAAUGGUAGGAAUAUUGCACCGACGGCGACCACCGUCACGGACGGUGGGGCAGUAUCGGGGGCAUCGAUAUCGAAUACCGCGAACGCUGCCGGAUCGACGAUCUGCACGCGGAAGAAGGAGAAACAAUUCUCGUGCGAAGAUAUUUUUGCAACCGAUGCGGAUCAAAUUGCACGCGACCGCGUCGAAAAGGAGUUUGAACGUGCGGAGCAGAUGGAGGAAACGGUCAUUCGUUACACGGGCAGACCAACGUACGCGAUACAAGAGUUGCUGGAGCGAAAGUCACGUGGCCACAGUCUUGGCGGAUGUUUGGAGUACACGGAAAGUGAAGGAUACAUUAAGGGUUACACUAAACCAAUGAUGGACAUAUUGCGCAAACGGCAGUCACAACUGUUCCGUCAGUUUGAGGAAAAGAAUUCUACCGACAAGAGCAAUGAAGUAGUGACUAACACGAAGGCAAGUACCGAGUCACGUAUUGCCGCCAACCGGCAAGCUGUUAAGAAGGAGUCGGCAAGUGACAGUGAAAAUGCUCCUAUGGAGCAAGAUAGUGACCGGAUGAGCGAUGAUGACGGUGACUGUGAAGAAAGAGAUGAAGAAGAUGGUGAUGUGGCGAUAGAACCUUCUCCGGGUAAUGAUUAUGAAGACGAGGAUGAUGUCAGUGUGGUGAAGCUAUCAAAAUAUGAGCAGGAUGACGACUAUGAGCUGGCAUCGGAAGAGGAAGAUGACGAAGAUUUGUUGGAGGAUGAUGAUGAAAAGGAAGUGGCAAGCAGUGAAGAGGAAGAGAACGAAGAGGAAGAAGAGGAAGAGGAUGUCGAAGAUGAGGAGGAGGAAGAGGACGUGGAUGAAGACUACGAAGAAGAACAAGAUGAGGAACUAGUGGUACAGAACGGUUAUGAAUCGAGGGGUUCCCAUCGUCGCAAGACGGAAGGCAAAAGUCGCAAAAAGGAAGAUACGGACAGUGACUUCAUUAACGAUGGUGGCUGUGAAGUGGAAGGAACUGAUCAGAGCAACCUUCCGGACGGAGAGGAACUGGUGGAGGAGAACGAUGAAGAUCAGCAGGAUAGUGACUUUAAUGAUCAGGAUAGCACAGAAACUGAUGUGGGCGUACCGGAUGUACGGCCGCCGAAACGAAAGCCUGGCAGACCGUGUAAAAAGCAACGAUCUGAUAGCGCUAGUGAUGGCCGAAAGUUGGCGAAAGGACGACGUGGUAAAAUUAACAGCAGUAAAAGCGACCAUUCGACCAUGUCACCCGUUGGUACCCAUGACAACGAGGAGGAAGCGAGUGACGAUCCUGCCGUUACAGAUCGUUACAGUGGGAAGAGGCACGUUACUAAAAAGCGAUCGGGUCAUCGCAAAAAACGUAAGCAGCUGGAAGUGCUGGAUGAUGGUGAUGGUGAUAAUGCUCGUCUGUUCGAGGAUCAGCUUGAAACCGGAAGCCGGUUGGACGAUGGACAGGAAACGGUACGAAAACAGAGCCACCACCACUACAAUAAUAACAAUCACUGCAACAGUAAGGCAUACUAUGGCGAUGUGGACGAUUCGUCGCAUGAUAUGGCCCUACCCAGUAGUAUGGCUGGUGGAGUUGGGGCGAUUGAUAGGAAUGCUUCAAAGUAUCGGUACGUGAAGCGCCGUAAGUCCGGGCUGCGUGAACGUAUUCGGCCGACGGAUCGGGGCACUGACUAUGCGGACAAUAUGCAGCGUAAGCGAAAAGCAGCACUGCAGAAUAAGAGGCGUCGGGAAUCGGCCGCUCUGACGGUCGAUGGUUCCGUUGCCGAGGAGGACUAUUCCUGCAGCAGCAGCACUAGCAGUAGCAGCAGCAGUAGCAGCAGUAGUGGUAGUCAAUCAGUCUCCUCAUCAUGUACCAGCAAUCGAAGCCGGAUGGUAUCACACUGUUCUUCGGCAGCCUCGCUUGAUUCUGCUUCGGUUGUUUCGUCGCAGAUACGGCGUGGAAGAAAACGCAAGCAAGUUGCUACCGUUUCGUCGCGUGACAGUAGCGUAACGCGACAGUCAGCAGCCCAAUGCUCUACCACUGCUGUACGGUCACGGAAGAAGCGUACCAUAGUAACGGACAACGAAACGGGGCACUCGAAUAAUCGUUGGAGCCAGUCGAAUUCGAACGGCAGUCAAUCGGCGGCUACAUCCCGUUCAUCGUCCGUGUCCGCGUCCGGCAAUCUGCCGCCAAGGUUACUGACCUUGCCCGAGCAUCAGGUUGAUGAGUUUGUCGGGGAAGGUGAUGAGACGCGUGAUGUAGACUAUUCGCCCAUCUGUACCAGACGAAGACGUAAAGCGACGGUCGGUACGGAAGCUACCAAUGGUGGUACCAUUUCGCGGAAAACUUCCACUACAACGACGGCCAUUCGGAAAAGGAAUGAUUCGAAAGGUGUGAUUGGUAAAGGUACAGCUUCGGCACCAUUAUCAUCAUCGUCCGGGUCUGCAGUGAAUGGCGGUGGGAUUAGUCUUCCUUCGGCGUACGGCUCAUCUUCGUCCAUCCCGCGAAGAUUGGACAUUAUUCAGCCACCACCGGCACCGGUUGCGGCGGCUGCCCUCAUACAACAUCACCAUCACCAGCAGCACCGUAUCCGUCGUCCACAACAUCACAUGGCUUACCAAAACUAUUACCGGGUGAAUGAACAGCAUCAUCUUCCAUCGACGAUGCUGGUACGGACGUAUAGUCGAGGAUAG